GGGGCCAGCCGGGUCACGUGGGGGCGGCCGCCGAGCGGCGCGUGCGGCGGCGGGACGGGACGGCACCGGCUCUUCCCCACAUGAAGUUGGCCUUUGGGGCGCUGGCGCUGGUGGCGGUGACAGUGACCCUGCAGGGGCUGGGCCGGCGGCUGCUCUCCAUGGCCUCGACCCCCCGUGACCCCGGUGACCCCACCGGUGACCCCUACGUCGCCGACAGCGUCUCGGCCGCGUUCGUCACCUGCCCCAAUGAGACGGUGGCCAAAGAGCUGGCCAGGGCCAUGGUGGAGCAGAAGCUGGCGGCUUGUGUGAACAUCCUGCCCCACGUCACCUCCAUUUACUCCUGGCAGGGGAAGCUGGAGGAGGACAGCGAGGUCCUGCUGAUGAUCAAGACCCGCAGCUCCCGCAUCCCGGCAUUGGCCGAGUUCAUCCGGUCAGCGCACCCCUAUGAGGUGGCCGAGGUGGUGGCCGUGCCGGUGGCGCAGGGGAACCCCCCGUACCUGCAAUGGGUGCAGGACAGUGUCCCCCCGUGACCCCGACAUGGGGGGGGACCCCAAGUUUGGGGGGAUAAAUACAGGGGGGAGGGGGUGUCCCCAAAUAGGGGGGGGCAAAUAGGGGGUCCCAACUUGGGGAGGGGGCACGUAUGAAUAGGGGGAGCCUCAAAUUGGGGGGGGGGUCCCCUAAUGGGGGGGAUAAAUGGGGAGCCACAAAUGAGGGGUCCCCAAAUGGGCUGAAGUCCCUAAUUGGGGAGAGGGGGCACAAUUGGGGGUCCCCAAUGGAUGGGGGUCCCCUAAUUGUGGGGUCCAUCUAAUUGGGGUGGUAUCAACUAGUGGGGUCCCCUAAUAGGGGGGUCCCCUAAUGGGGGGGUCCACCUAAUUGGGGGGGGUAUCGGUGGGGUCCCCUAAUGGGGGGUCCCCAAAUGGGCUGGGUCACACAUUGAGGGGGGGACCCCCAAAUUAAGGGGGGGGUCCCCAUAGACCACAAGAGGCUGCGGUGCCCUGGAGCUUUUUAUUGUGGGGGGGGGGGUGUCCCAGGCCUUUCCCCCCCCCCCCCCCUUUAAAUAUCUUA